AUGGGAAAGAAGCACAAGCCGCGGCCCGACGACCGCGCGCGGGUCGUCGACGCAAGCGACGUCGGGGGCAAGGUCAAGAAGAAGAAGGCGAACGGGGCGACGAUGAAAGCUUCUCGGCGAAAAGGCGGCGGUGCGUCGGCGAACGGCGACGGGCGCCCGUACGACCCGAGCAGGACCCUCUCGAAGCCCGCGCCCCCGCCCCCGGCGUACACCCCACGCGUCCCCACCGGCGCGUACAUCACCCCCGAGCACGACGAGUACGACGCGUGCGUGGCGCGAUCGUACGUCGGGUUCGUGGUCGAUCCCCCCGACAUUUUGCCCGACGAACUGCACGCCGACGUCGCCGCCGCGUUUAAGACGAUGGCGAAGCGGGGUCUCUUCACGCGCGACGUCCUCGCCGCGGGAAAGACGGUGUCCCCCACGUUCGUGUCGCGGACCCUCGUCGGGGAGCGCGGGAUGACCUACCACUACCAAAAGCUUCGCAUCUUCGCCUUGCCGUGGUCCGACGAGGACACACCGGAGGGGUCGCCGCUGCGCGUGGUUCGCAGACUCAACGACGCGAUGAAGCGCCGGUCAAGGGCGCUGUUGACGCGACAUCGCGAUGCGCGCGUCCCCGGGGACGUCACCGGCUCGUGCGAGUUCAACGUGACGCUCAUCAACUUGAUGGAACCCGAGCGAAAGGAAUCCGUCGCGCUCAAGGACGAGGGGCAGUUCGGGAUGGGCAAGGCUUCCGUGUCGUGGCACUCGGACUCCUCCCUGCAGGACACGAGCACGGUGGCGGUGUACCACCAGACGUCGGGCGGCAUCGACGGCGACGACACGUCCUGGCACGUCGCGCUCAAGUGCCUCGACGGGGUCACCCCGGCGCUGCGGGUGCCGCUUCGUUCGCACUCCGCGUACUACAUUAUGCGAGACUUUAACCUCCACCACCACCACGCGGUGCUCAACGGCGACACCCGCCGGUUCAGCUCCACGCAUCGCGUCGCCGUCACCGCGAAAGACACCUUCGAUUACGUCAGAGGUCGGUGCGAGCGCGCGCUCGCCGUGCUGCCCUCGCUGAAAUGGCGAGCGGGUAGAUGGCCGAAAGGGACCAAACCACCGAGGGACGCGAGUAGUACACAGCUGUCCGACGCGGUGCGGGUGCUUGGGGAGACGCACCGCGAGGUGGAGUUUCAGUGGAUACGGAUGUUCUGGCUGCAGGGCACGAGGCACGCGGCGCAACACGACGGGUACUGGACGCGACGGAUCGAGGAGCUGACGCAGGCGUGGGACGUGAUGGAGCUCGGUUUGCGUUUCGCGAUGGAUGCGUGCGCGAGAGCCGCGGAUGGAAAGGCGAAGGCGGAGCCCAGAGCUUUCGAGAUGCUUCGGUACCUUCUGGAGACAAUCGCGGAGCUCAGGGAGGAGCACGACGCUCGAACGCAGUCCGGGGCGUACGCGCAGGUGCCCGACGAUUGCAAGCCGGUGGACCUGCCCGGCUUUGACGACUCGUCGCCGCUGCCGCGGAACCUGAGGCCGGUGCUCAACACCCUCGAGCGCCAUCGACGGAGGGCGCUCGACCGAUAGACGUACGACACGUAGACGCACGCGGCGGUUGGAUCGUCGUUAAACGAAAGUCUUGUAGCUGCUUACAACAUGUGUGCGCGGGGUGUUCCGAUCCCGAACCGCGUAGCCCCGGUGUAAAAUCAAAGCAAUUGUAUG